AUGGUGUCACAGUUUGAAAAUGAAAUGUCCCCCAAGGCUCGUGUUUUAGAUAAUGCUCGUGGUGUGAUUCUGAAGUUUGAAGAGCCUGUAAAAGAUGAGGCCUGGUUGGUGGAAAAAGAGCAGCGACGCUUCAAGUCUCGUAGGAACAGGUCGAGCCACAGGAUCCGACCCCCUCCUGGCCGGGGCCGCCCCAGCCCAGUGGCGCAGGUGGCCAGGUCCCCUCGGGUGGGCUCCGCGGCCGCUGGCCCCCGCGCAGCCCCGCGCUCCCGAGCCGAGACCUCCGGGAGGACACAAAGCGCCUUGCGGGCUGAGCGGGGUCGACUCCGGGGUCUCUGCGUGUUGGGACGUGCGGCCGCCAAGGCCCCGAGCCCCGGCUCCCACCCCUGCCGCGCCGGCCCUCACCUACCCUGCAGCGCGGCGUCCCGGCGCCUGGGCGCAGAGCCCAGCGCGCUCGCGGUUCCUCUUCCCGGCAGGGCCGCCGGGCGCCGGCGUUUCCUCCCUGACGCGUCACCGCGGCUCCUCCCGCGGAGCGCGGGCGGCCGAGUGGAGCAGAGCUGCGACGGCGAGCCGAGGCGCGGAACGGCGGGGUCUCCCUGGGGCGGCGUGCGGGGCUCGGACUGCACCGUGCCGCGAUCCGAGGACCCUCGCCCAAGGCCGGGCCCCGCUCCGUCCGCCCUAGUCACGCGGUGUACAAAGUUCAGAGGACCGCGGGCCACCGUGCGGCUCCGGCUCGGCCUCCGCGCUCAGCUGGCAGCCGGCGGUGACAGUGACCUUGGCUCGCGCGGGGAGCCGACCCGGGACCGCCGAGGGGACCCCGACGGCGCCGGAAGGGCUGGGGGCUUGCCGGGAACUGGACGCUCCAGAAGUCAACAAGUACCCAAAUGUCUGGGAGAGCCGCUGUGCUUCCUGCGGCUACUUGGGCAGUUUUCUAGUUUCCCCCUCCCUCCGGUCGAUAAAGAAACAGGAGAUCAAAGAGGGAACCUCCAAAGCAAUCAGUGGUGCUGGAUGAAAGGCUUCCACAUCAGAUGUAGAACAGUUUACCAACUUAAAUGGCCAAAAUACCCAGAAGACAUCAAAGAUGCUGUGUCAGGAGAGCCCAGGAUUCCAGCUAGUGAUGCUGUGCUUACUCAGGAUGAGUCUUCCCUCUUCAGCGAAACCCUCUGGAAAUGCUCUCAAAGAUAAACCUAGACGUGUGUUUUCUAGGGGAUUCCAAAUCCAGCCAAGUGGACAAUGAAGAUUAACCAUCACACUUAUUAAUGCUUAUUAAUUUUCAAUUAACACUGGAAAUAUGCAUUCUUAUUCAAAGAGCACAAUUUCAAAAUGCUAAGAACUAAUCCAUAGUAUUGUGCAGGCCAAAUAAACCUGCCUAUUAGGCCAAUUGGCCUAUUUGAGAACAGUAAAGACUAACCAGAGAAUAGUCUGUAUAAAAUUUAUACAUGUUUGAGAUUAGAUGAGGUGGUAUAUGCCUGUAAUCCUAGCACUUGGGAGGCUAAAGUAAGAGAAUUGCCAAGUUCAAGGCCAGUCUGGGCUACAUAGACAGACUCUGUCUCAAU